AUGGCUUUGACAAUAAAUCCUGUACCUGAUCUAAAAUCAUUUUUAAGUUACGUUGACGAUAGUCAUGCAAGAUUUCCUAACAUCAAACAAGAAAAACAGUUCCAAGAUAUUUUAAAUCAACAACAUCCUGGAAUACAAUACACAAAUGAAGUUAAAAACGAAAUAAAAACGCUUAACUUUCUUGAUAUAACCAUUACAAAUAACACACUAGGAAAAUAUGAGUACAAAGUAUAUCGAAAAGAGGCAAUCACUAACAUUCAAAUUAAACCGCAUUCAAGUCACAAUCUAAAUAUUUUAAUAGCCAUACAUAAAGGUUUUCUCCAUAGAGCUUACUCCAUUUGUAGUAAACAUCAUUUGCAAAACGAGAUACAUUUUUUAAUUGACAUGUUUAUUGAAAAUGGGUACGAUGAAAAGCUAUUGAGGAAUAUUACACACCUAUUUAAUUAA